AUGCAAUGCAGUGACGGAGGCGCACAGCCACGCAUCCACAGGCAGCUCACACCAAUACAAUCCCACGCACACCCAUUGCACUGGGCAUGCCUACGUAGUGACACACUGGAGGAUCCAUCCGCUAACUUCAGUUUGUUGGUGGAGGCGGUUGCCACGCGAUUGUGUUGGGCUGCGCUUAAUUCCGCGCCGCUGGACGCAGAUGGCAACGUGGAAGAGAGAGCGCUCAAGGCCAUUGCUCAGAAGUACAAAGUAUCCAAAGAUCCAUUAACGCUGGCCACAGAGACGUUUCUGCUGUCGAAGUUAGACCGUAGCGAUGCCGCACAGUACAAACAAUACCGAAUCAAGGUCAAGAGGAGACUGCACGGGCUAUUUAAGGACGACUUAGCCGAGAUAGAGGACAAGGCCGAGCGGCUUAAGCUACUGCAGAUGUCAUACGAACAGACCGAGACCAACUAUCGGAAUCUAAUCAACAAAAUGCAAACCAGGACGUGA